AUGGCAAACAAUAAAAUACAAUGUUUUACAUGCAAUAAGGAAAAAAUAACAUAUCCUUGUAAAGGAUGUUCAAAAGAAUUUUGUUUAAUACAUUUAACAGAACACCGACAAAUAUUAACUGAUGAAUUAAAUCAUAUUACCAAUGAAUAUAAUGAAUUUAAACAAAGAAUUUAUGAACAAAAACAAAAUCCAGAAAAUUUUUCAUUACUAGAACAAAUUAAUCGAUGGGAAAGAAAUUCAAUUGAAAUAAUUCAACAAAAAGCAGAAGAUUGUAGAGAAAUUCUUAUUGAAUAUUUACCAACAGUUGUUAAUGAUAUUGAAAUGAAAUUUAAUGAUUUAAAUGAACAAAUAAAACAAAUUUAUGCCGAAAAUGACUUUAAUGAAAUUAAUUUAAAUUAUCUAAAAAAUCAAUUAAUAGAAAUUACACAAGAAUUAAAUAAUCCAACAAAUAUUUCUAUUAAAGAAGAUUCACAACCCUUUAUAAAUGAGAUUUCAAUUUUUUUAUCAAAAAGAUUAAACUUUAAUGAAUGGAAACAAAGCGCCAUCACUGUGGUCGGUGGAAAUGGACAAGGACAAAAUCUAGAUCAACUCGAUCAUCCUUUUGGAAUCUUCAUUGAUAAAAAGAAAACUAUUUUCAUUGCUGAUCUUUGGAAUCAUCGUAUUGUUGAAUGGAAAUAUAAUGCAAAAGAAGGACAAAUUAUUGCAGGUGGAAAUGGCAAUGGA